AUGAGUCAAAGUAGUCAUCGCAAGCACCGCGCGCCUUUUCGACCCGUCGACACUUUUUCCUCCUCACAAACGCCCGCGUUCAAGCCCCCCGCCAAACCCAAACCCACAACACUAUACGAGACCGACGACAGCGACUACCCACCCCAACAGUCCACUUCUCUACUCGGCGAUUCGAGCACACUUUUCGACGACAUUGAGAGCCCAGAGAGUCACAUAAAAGUCCGCGAGAAACUUCAGACAAGACUUAAGAUGGUUCGCGAGCGAGAGGCCCCAGGGGCUCCAGCGCAGCGCGAUGGAGCGGCGCCUCACCCCAAACCUCUACAAGAACUCAAGGAUCCACAGCCACAGUUUGGAGAGACGAGCCCUCUGAGAAACCCGUUGAAGAAGGACCGUAAUGAGGGAUUCGCGCAUUUGUUCAACAAGCCAAAGCAAGGCCAGAUGCGGCCAGAACAUAGCCAAACAACUAAAUUGCCGUCACAAUACUCAGGGCCUCCAAGGUCAUCACAGCCAUCUAGCAGUAGAAUGGAUACGCUUAAUAGGCCGUUCAAAGUUCCUUCUGCGCAACCAGGUCCACGUUACAGCACAGCGUCUACCGCCUCGACAGAGUCUGACAUCUUUGAAAUUCCCGCUUCGCAAUUCCAGCCCCGACCAUCCCAGGGCGCUCCGGUCCCCAUCGCGAGACCUUACAAUCCUCCUCCGAAGCCCAGCUAUCCCCCUGCACGGCCCAUGUACUCGUCCAUGGGUCACGCUGAUGACUUUCGACCUGUAAACAAGGGCACGCAUAACCCGCUUCAACAAGCGCGGCAGACGGUCAUACUGAAUGAUGAGGAAGACUUCGAUCCGGAUGCGGCUAUUCGCGCAGAGGGUGGUCGAUUCGGAGAGCCCGACAUGUAUGCCUAUGUCGACUCGGGUGCUGCUAGUGAGAACAUCAAGGCCCUGCUCGAAGGCGCCUUUGACGAGGAGUCUGAGAAGAUCCCAAGGACGCGACUUCGUAAGAAGAAGAAGCAGCAAGAGGACGAAGCUGGUAACUCGCUCGCUGAUCGCCUGCAGGCGCUUGCUGUCAAGGACGAACAGGCCAAAGAAGAGGCUGAGCCAGAAGAGGAAGAAGAGGACGACGGUACCGUUGAGGGCCUCAAAGUGAAGCUCCUACCCCAUCAAGUCGACGGUGUAUCCUGGAUGAUCGAAAAGGAGACUGGAAACCACAACAAGAGGGCUAAACUACCCAAAGGCGGCAUCCUUGCAGACGACAUGGGUCUCGGAAAGACGGUACAGUCUCUCGCUCUCAUCUUAUCCAACCCGCGACCAGAGAAAGGCGUUGAGCCAGAAAACAAGAAGAACAAAAUCGCAGACUCCACUGGAAAGGGCACUCUCGUUGUCGCCCCUCUAGCACUCAUCAAACAGUGGGAGAGCGAGAUCAACACCAAGGUUACAAGGUCGCACGCACUCAAAGUCCUUGUUCAUCAUGGCCCCAACCGCACCAAGUCGGCCGACAAGUUGAAGCAGUACGAUGUCGUCAUUACCACCUACAACGUUUUGGGCUCGGAACAUGCUCUCUGUGGAGAUGGUCCAGAUGGUCUUAAGAAGGGCUGUUUUGCAGUUUCCUGGUACCGUACCAUGCUGGAUGAGGCACACACCAUCAAGAACCGCAACGCGAAGAUGACAAAGGCCUGCUAUGAUCUCCGCUCCCACUACCGCUGGUGCCUGACUGGUACGCCGAUGCAGAACAAUAUUGACGAGCUGCAGAGCUUGAUCAAGUUUCUCCGGAUACAACCGUACUGUGAACUGUCGUCUUGGAAAGAAUCCAUAGCCGGCCCAAUGAAGAACGGUCGUGGAAAUCUUGCUAUGAAGCGUCUGCAGGUCUUCUUGCGUGCUUUUAUGAAGCGUCGUACAAAGGACGUGCUACGGAAGGAAGGUGCCCUCAACUUUGGCGGCAAAGCCAAAGAAGGCGAAGAGAAGCCCGCAUUCAACAUUGUCGCGCGAAACAUCGAGACCGUCAUAGGAGAGUUCACGGAGAAAGAGCGCGCAUUUUACACACGUCUGCAAGACCGCACACAAGCCCGUCUCGACGAGAUGAUGGGUGGUGAGAAGCAAGAUUAUAUUGGAGCGUUGGUGCUUCUGCUUCGUUUGCGACAGGCCUGCAACCAUCCUGAUCUGGUAAAGAGCAAUGUCAAGGACGACAAAGAUGCACUGACGACAGGCUCAAGAUCAGGUGCUGCCGCUAACUUGCAAACCCCGAGAAAGGCUGCCAAGGACGAUGCUGAUGAUCUUGCUGAUCUCUUGGGUGGACUUAGCGUUGCCACGAAGCGUUGUGAUAUUUGCCAGAACAAGCUCAACAGUGACAACACUGCUAUUGGUGGAUUGCGUUGCAUUGAGUGCGAUGAAGACCUCAAUAUGUCUGCAGAUGAACACAAGAAGAAGGAGAGGAAGCAUCGAAAACACGAGCACAAGCAUGGCAAGAGCAAGGACAAGAAGCAUCGCAAGCCCAAGCCCAUUGUCGAGUCUGACGAAGAAGAAGAGGAAGACGAGGAAGACGAGGAAGACGAGAAGCCCAAAGCGGCGACCACCAAAUCUUCUCGCAACCGUCGCGUUGUUGUUGACAGUGAUGACGAGGAAGAAGAAGGUGAAUGGCUUGUACCAGAGGACCAACAACAUGCCGAAGAUUUGGGCAAAGCUGGCGGAACCAGCGAUGAGAAUGCUGAAGGCGGUGGCGAUACCUUGGCUUCAAUGGACUCGGAUGCAACUGAGAGUGGGGUUGACGAAAGCAAGAGUAACCUAGACUCUUUUGUCGUCCAUGACACUGACAGCGAGAACGAAGCCCCGAUUGCUCGUCACAAGCACGAAAAGAAUAUAAAGAAGGCACCAAAGGUCAUCAGCCUUAACACAGACUCUGAAGAGGCCGAAGAACAAGACGAAGAAGAUGCCGCCAGCGAAACCCAGAGCGGCUCAGAUGCUUCUGCUUCAGACUCUGAUUCGGAAGAAGCCGACUCCUCAGCAUCAGACUCCUCAGCAUCCAACGACACCCCCUCUCUAACCCCCUCCACGAAAAUCCGCCAACUCCUCGCCAUCCUCUCCCAAGAAACGCCCUCACAUAAAGUAAUCGUAUUCUCCCAAUUCACAUCCAUGCUCGACCUAAUCGAGCCCUUCCUGCGGCGCGCCCACUACACCUAUACCCGCUACGAUGGCUCCAUGCGCAACGACCACCGCGAAGCCAGCCUGCACAAGCUGCGUUCCGACCCCAAAACCCGCGUCCUCCUCUGCAGUCUGAAAUGCGGUUCCCUCGGCCUCAACCUCACAGCCGCCAGCCGCGUCGUAAUCAUGGAACCCUUCUGGAACCCGUUCGUCGAAGAACAAGCCAUCGACCGCGUUCACCGCCUCAACCAGACGGUCGAUGUGACUGUGUAUCGUCUUAGUAUUCGCGAUUCCGUCGAGGAGCGUAUUCUGGAGUUGCAGGAGGCGAAGCGCAAGUUGGCGAAUGCAGCGAUUGAGGGCGGCAAGGCCAUGAAGAAUUUGACGAUGAAGGAUAUGAUGGCUUUGUUUAGUAGGGAGAGUGAGUGGGAUCGGCGGCAUGAGGAUGAUGAGGGGAUGGAGUUGUUUGGGAAGACGAAGGUGCUUGCCGGGGAUGAGGGGGCGGGCGAGAGUGUUAGUGCGGGGAGGGCGAGGAAGGCGGGGAGUUUGGGGUUUAAGAGGACUGAGAGGAGGGAGGAGGGGGGUGCUUAUGGGAGGAGGUAG